GCAUGAUGUUAUUCUUGUUGACAAGUUCAGUUCUAGCACAAACACAAGGCGAUGAUUAUGAUUACGAUGAUGCAUUUGCUCCGGAGCCAAGUCCAUCAGAUGAUGGAUCUCCGGCUCCGAUAGUAGACGAUAUGGAGGCUCCGGCACCAGCACCGGUGCCGGAGGCUGCUCCAUCAAGUGGUGAGGAGAGGAGAGCUUUGGUGCCAGCUUUGUUUGCCUUUGGAGACUCUUUGAUUGACAGUGGAAAUAACAAUCGCCUAUUUUCAUUUGCAAAAGCAAAUUAUUUCCCUUAUGGCAUUGAUUUUGGUGGCCCUACUGGACGUUUCUCUAAUGCUUACACCAUCCUUGAUCAGAUUGGUGAUCUUCUGGGAUUGCCACUGCUUCCACCAUAUUCGGAGACAUUCAACGUCGACAAAAUGCGUUUCGGAGUUAAUUAUGCUUCUGCUGCUGCUGGUAUUCUUGAUAUUACGGGCUUUCACUUUGUGGAGCGAAUCCCAUUCGGUUAUCAAAUUAAAAACUUUGAAAACACGUUGGUGAGUUUGAUAAAAAAUAUGAGUGCACCAAUUGUGGAAGAGGCAAUUCCCAAAUGCAUUUUCUUUGUUGGGAUGGGCAGCAAUGACUACCUCAACAAUUACAUUAUGCCUGCUUACUUUACUCAAGAUGAAUACACUCCUCAAAAGUUUGCUGAAUUAUUGGUUCAUCAAUACAAAGAGCAAUUGAUAAAAUUAUAUAAUCUUGGAGCUCGGAAAUUUAUAAUUGCUGGGAUUGGACAAAUGGGAUGCAUCCCAUUCUUGCUAGCAGAAAGUUCAAAUGGUGAAUGCUCAGAAAUAGUGAAUCAAAUGGUGCACCCAUUCAAUGCCAAAUUAAAGACAAUGAUCAUGACACUCAACAAGAGUGAACUGCCUGGUGCCCACUUCAUUUUCCUUGACAUAGAAAAUAUGUUCAAGGAUAUCUUUAUCAACUACAAGUCCUAUGGGUUUAGUGUGAAAGAUCGUGGGUGUUGUGGGUCAGGGAAAAACAAAGGGGAAGUAACUUGUCUUCCAAUGCAAACACCAUGUCCAAAUAGAGAUGACUACUUAUUUUGGGAUGCAUAUCACCCAACUUCUGCUGUCAACCUCUUGCUUGGAGAUAUGGCUUUCUAUGGAGGUCCCAAUUUUACUUUUCCUAUGAAUAUUCAGCAACUUGCUACUCUCUGAAAUUCAAGACUAUGAAAUAUAAUGUAGUAGUCAUUUUUUUCAAAAAUAUAAUCCAGGUCUUCCUUGUUAUGGAUGGUUAUUUACAUUUGUUAGCAGUGAUUGCUGAACUAUAAUUUAUAAGG